AUGGCCGACGAAGCCUUCGUCUUCCCGGUCGACGAUGCGCAGGCGCUUUGGGAGGAGCUCGAAGUUGGCGGCACGCCUCCGUCGCCGCGGCAAGGCCACUCAUCGUGCAGGCUUCUGAAGUGGGGUCAACAACUGCCACAGCGCGCGCUGCUCUACGUGUUUGGUGGCAUUAAUGCCGCUGCGCUUUCCGACAGCGCGGGCAGCGAGUGUUACGACGACCUGCACGUGCUCGACGCGAGGGACAGCGCCAUGACGUGGCGCCAACUCUCUCGCGGCGCUUCCGCCUCGUGGCCGCAGCGGCGUGCCUUCCACACCGCCACCGCCAUCGACUCGCGCGCCUUCCUCGUGUUUGGAGGCGCGACGCCGCUGCCUCCAAAGCGGUACCCGCGCCGCCGCUCGCGCGCCAGCAGCGGCGCGGCGGUGGACGAAGGCAACCCCGUCGCGUACCUCAACGACGUCUGGCAGUUUCGCGGCGAGGACCAGGCCUGGGUGUGCGGCGGCGCCGUGCUGGACGACUUGUGGCUCCUCUCGGUGCGGCAGAGGCGUGGGCGGCGCGUCCUCCUCUUUGGCGGCCGCUCCGACGUGGACGCCGUCUGCGCGCCCGUCAUGUUUGCCCUCGACCUCGCCUCGCUCAGCUGGGACGCCAUCCCGGCAGCGCAGCGCCACUGCCCGGGCGGAGGCCGCACGUCGAUGAUAUCGCUUGGCGCGGCUAUGCGGGCUGCAGAAGGGCUAAGGACUAAGGCCUAA